AUGAUUCAUAGUCACAUAAGGAAUGUGAAUUAUGUAUACGAUACAUUAGAUUCCAAUAUUCCAUGCAUAGAACCAUGUAUCAAUCUUAGACAAAAUGUUGCAUUGCAAACUAACAAACAAGAAGAAUCACCAAAAUAUCAGCCAAACUUACAAUUUAAAUGGAUUCAUACACCUCAUCCUAUAUAUAAAAAUAAUACUUACCAAGUUACUACACCUACUUGUCAAAAAAGUUGCCUCAAGUCAAUGGACAAUAAAUGUAUUCAAUUACCCAUUAAUAAAGUCAAUAAUCAUAAGCAUUGGAAUGUAGCUAACAUGUCACAUAUCCCACACCAGGAAAGUACAUGUUGCAAAAAGAAAUUAUGUAAAACUGGAAUAAUUUCAAAUAAACAAAAUAAAACUGAAAUUUCAAAUUUGGAAGUAAUAAAUAUUGGUACAUCCUUUUCAAACUCAGGAAUAAACUGUUGCGAAGUUUCACAAGAUUUUAAAAAGUACAACUGUAAUCUAAACGAAAAUAAAAUUACCAAUAUGGAAACACAGAAAUGUUUUAAGUUAGCAUUGGAACCUGAACAACAAGCAAUUCAAGAAGAUAUAUACAAAAUGGAUGUUGUAUGUUGGAAUGAAAAAAUUAAUAAAACAAUGAAUAAUCAGUUGUCGACGGAAAAUAAUUUUACAAUGGACACUUUUAUAGUAGAUAAGAGACUUAAAACUAGCUUGCAAAAUUUGUUAAAACGUGCAGAAGAAGAAACUUUGAUUGUCCCUCAAACAAAUUCACUGCAAACAGUUUCUGCUGCAUCCAAACUUUGGAAAUUUGUAACUCUGAAAGACCUAGAAAAUAAAAAUCUAUUAGAUUCUUCGAUAAGCGAUAACACUAAUAAUUCAAAUGAUACUAAUGCAUCAAACGAUAUAAAGAAAUUAAAUGGAAAAAAAACGUCAGGAUUGUCAAAUAUAUAUCCAAAACCAGCUCAAUUGCAAAUGCUUCAGAAGAGUUUAAAUAUUACGCAAACAGUGGGAUGUGAGAGAAAGGACAAUACGGAAAAUUUACCAUACAAAUCUCCAGCGAAGCAAACAGAACGAAAUAAUGUGAAUAUUUUACAACAAACUGCAUCUGUUACAGAAUUAGCUACAUUUAAGAAACGUUACUACGAUACGCUACUGAAUAUUCAACAAGCUAAAGUGGCAGUGGCAAAUUCCUUGGCAAUAUCAUCUGUGGAAAAUUCCACUAAAUACGAUCCGUAUUAUUCAAAUCGCUCGUAUCAUCAUCAUCAUCAGCAGCAGCAGCAGCAGCAACAGCAGCAACAGCAGCAGCAGCAGCAGCAGCAGCAGCAGCAGUUGUUGCAACAACAUGAACAAUUAACUGUAAACCCACAAUUUGCAGUGCGUACUAUGGCUCAAUCAAAAUUAUCAAACAUACAUAACACUCCGUACACCUGGGUGAGAUAUAAUGAUUGGAGACAUCCAACAAUGAGACAAUUAAGAUACCCACAACAAUCCCUGUUUCACCAUUCAAGGAACAAAGAGAAUUCUAUACUACAUUAUGUAAAAACAGUGGAUAUUCAGUGUUUCGCGCAAGAUAAAAGUAAGGAAAUGAAGCAAUGUGUACAACGUAAAAAACUAGAGGACAUAGUUGGAAAAUUGAAAGAGAUAGAAAACAUUAAUAUAAACGAUUAAA